UCCAUAUUCUGCAAAACAGGGUGCUGCAGCCACCAGGUGGGACCUCCAGCAAUCUCUUUGGAAGUCCAGAAGUGUCCUCCUCUUCCAAGUCACACAGAAUGGCCUCUAACAUAUUUGGAGCAGCUGAAGAACCUCUGAAUUUCCCAAAGAGAACAAAUCCCCCAGGUGGGAAGGACAGUGGCAUUUUUGAGGAUCAUAAACCUAAUCCAUCUCGGCAACUUACAAAUCCACCUGGAGGAAAAGCAAGCAAUAUCUUUGGGUCUCCGUCACCUGUCAGCACAGUCAAAGCACAUCCAAAUAAGCCCAAGGAUCACACCUUUAUCUUGAAUGAUAGAGGGGAUUCAUCAAAGGAAAUAAAAGUUACAGAAGACCAAAGAUCACAGGGAGAAGACCUGAGUGAGAAGAAGGAACUGCCCAAGGAGAGCACCAAAGAACCUGGCCCCAAGAUAGAUGAUCACGAGCCCAGGCUGGGGCCACGGCCGCGCUCCCACAACAAAGUCCUCAACCCCCCUGGAGGCAAAUCCAGCAUUGCAUUCUAUUAGGGAAGGCCACUCUCUCUUACCCACCCAUCCCCAACGCCCCAAGUUUUCAUUAUCAGAACCAAAAGGCUAGUUUUCUGGUGCUUGGAGGAGGAGGUACUUAGUGGUUUGGCUUAUUCAAUACAGGGCAGCAAUCAGUAUAAGCUUUUCUGCUGUUUGUUUCUAAGACAAGAUGAGUCCUGAGCUCCUGCAUUCCCUCUGCAUUCUGAACAUAAUUAAGGAAGCCUUCCUGUGACGGAUUGCAGAACACAUUCCAAUCCAGGCGUGAUGCUAAUUUUUGAUGUGCCAGUUAGGUAAUACAGCCUCGAGGGGAUUUUCUCUGGGUCUGAAAGGAAAGGAUGCUGCUGCAGCCUGCACUGAAAACGAGAGUUGUCCCUUGGUUGUCAUCUUGCAAAAAGUGAAGGAGAACCUUGCCGAGCAAGUCGGUUUUGAGAGAAAUUACAGUUGAAAUGAAUCAUGCAUGAAUCUCUUUCUGAAAGAGCUUUAAAAGCUUUCAUUUUGUGCCACUCCUCUUUUGGCUGGUUGAGUAGACAAGCAGAGUAAUGAAACAAGCGGGUUGUGUGGGGGCACAAAACAGUCUGUUGACAGAGCUAAACCAAAUCACUUAAGUUUAAAAUUAGAUCCUGAAUCCUCUCCAAGGAGGCUGUUCAGAAGCUAGUGACUAACCCU